CAAAAACUCCAAAGAUCUGACGCAGACAUCAUGAUGGCAGCGCGCACGUUGCGAUCAACGUCUCGCAGACAUCUUCCAUGGAACUACACGAUGCAACGCUACUUCACUUCCAAGAAGUGCGCGCUGAUAGUUGGCGCAGGGGAUAGUACUGGCGCAGCGAUCGCUCGGGCAUUUGCCGUCGACGGCUUCCUGGUGUGUUGUGUGCGUCGAGACGGCGUCAAGGUGCAGGAGCUCGUCGAGUCCAUCCGUAAGGCGGGACACGACGCAGAAGGCUUUGGCGUUGACUGUCGUGAUGAAUCCAAUGUACAGAAUCUCGUGGAGGACAUUGAGCGCCGGCUUGGACCCAUCGACGUCGCCGUGUUCAACGUUGGCGCGAACGUUCGCUUUUCCAUCACGGACACAACGGCUCGGGUGUAUCGAAAAGUGUGGGAAAUGGCGUGCUUUUCGGGCUUCCUCAUGGGCAAGGAAGUCGCCAGCCGCAUGCUUCCUCGCGGACGCGGCACCAUCCUGUUUACAGGAGCGACGGCGAGUGUCCGCGGAAGCGCGGGGUUUGCCGCGUUUGCCAGCGCUAAGUUUGGCUUGCGCGCGUUGAGCCAGAGCAUGGCGCGGGAACUCGGUCCCAGAGGCCUCCACGUAGCGCAUCUGAUUGUGGACGGCGCCAUCGACACCCCUUGGAUCCACGAGAACUUUCCCGAGGCCAAAGCCAAGCUGGUGCAACAGGGUUGGUCAAUCGAUGGCUGACGUGGCAGUUUGUGGUGGCAGCUAUGACGUGGCAGCUUGUAGGUUUGGUUCGGCCUCAGGACAUUGCCGCACUGUACGUGCAAGUGCACCAUCAGCCCAAGACGGCGUGGACCCACGAAUUGGAUGUGCGGCCAUGGGUCGAGACGUGGUAGCGUUUAUAAAGCGAGCGCCAAAUUGCACUACCUGUAGUAGUCAUGAAAUAAUAUAUGUAUAUUGCGAUAUA